CGCGAGUGGGGCCGGUGUGGGGCUCGGGGGCGCGUCCACGUGGCUGGCAGGCGGCCACCCGGAGCCAGCGGCAGCGGAGGGACCGGUAGGCCUGUCCUCGGGCGCAGCUGGCGGCCAUGCCUGCUGUCUGCCUCCUCUUGCUGGUCCUCCUUGCCGUGGGGGGGGCCCUGGGCAGCGGCAGGCCCUUCCCUGCCUUCUCGGUGACAGACACGACGCUCACACACCUGGCUGUGCACCGGGUGACCGGGGAGGUGUUCGUGGGUGCGGUGAACCGCGUCUUCAAGCUGGCCCCCAAUCUGACUGAGCUGCGGGCGCACGUCACAGGGCCUGUUGAGGACAAUGCUCGCUGCUACCCACCUCCCAGCAUGCGAGUGUGUGCCCACCGCCUAGCACCUGUCGACAACGUGAACAAGCUGCUGCUCAUAGACUAUGCGGCCCGCCGCCUGGUGGCCUGCGGCAGCAUCUGGCAAGGCAUCUGCCAGUUCUUGCGCCUGGACGACCUCUUCAAGCUGGGUGAGCCGCACCACCGCAAGGAGCACUACCUGUCGGGAGCCCAGGAGCCUGACUCCAUGGCCGGCGUCAUUGUGGAGCAGGCUCGGGGGCCCAGCAAGCUGUUCGUGGGCACGGCCGUGGACGGCAAGUCUGAGUACUUCCCCACCCUCAGCUCGCGCAAGCUCAUCAGCGACGAGGACGGGGCCGACAUGUUCAGUCUGGUGUACCAGGACGAAUUCGUCUCCUCGCAGAUCAAGAUCCCCUCAGACACGCUGUCCCUGUACCCCGCCUUUGACAUCUACUACAUCUACGGCUUUGUGAGCGCCUCCUUUGUGUACUUCCUGACGCUGCAGCUGGACACCCAGCAGACACUGCUCGACACGGCGGGCGAGAAAUUCUUCACGUCCAAGAUCGUGCGCAUGUGCGCUGGGGACUCGGAGUUCUACUCGUACGUGGAGUUCCCCAUCGGCUGCUCCUGGCGAGGCGUGGAGUACCGCCUGGUGCAGAGCGCCCACCUGGCCAAGCCCGGCCUGCUGCUGGCCCAGGCCCUGGGCGUGCCGCCCGACGAGGACGUCCUCUUCACGGUCUUCUCUCAGGGCCAGAAGAACCGGGCCAGCCCGCCGCGGCAGACCGUCCUCUGCCUCUUCACCCUCAGCAACAUCAACGCCCACAUCCGGCGCCGCAUCCAGUCCUGCUACCGGGGGGAGGGCACGCUGGCCCUGCCCUGGCUGCUGAACAAGGAGCUGCCCUGCAUCAACACUCCCAUGCAGAUAAACGGAAACUUCUGCGGGCUGGUGUUGAACCAGCCACUGGGUGGCCUACACGUGAUCGAGGGGCUGCCCCUGCUGGCUGACAGCAGCGAUGGUAUGGCCAGCGUGGCCGCCUACACCUACCGCCGGCACUCUGUGGUCUUCAUUGGCACUCGUACCGGCAGUCUGAAGAAGGUCCGGGUUGACGGCUCCCAGUAUGCCCACCUGUACGAGACGGUGCCCGUGGUGGAUGGCAGCCCCAUCCUUCGAGACCUGCUCUUCAGCCCCGACCACCGGCACAUCUACCUCCUGAGUGAGAAGCAGGUGAGCCAGCUCCCGGUGGAGACGUGCGAGCAGUACAUGAGCUGCGCGGCCUGCCUCGGCUCGGGGGACCCGCACUGCGGUUGGUGUGUGUUGCAGCACAGAUGCUGCCGUGAAGGAGCCUGUCCGGGUGCUUCCGCCCCCCAUGGCUUCGCCGAGGAGCUGAGCAAGUGUGUCCAGGUGCGGGUCCGGCCCAACAAUGUUUCAGUGACAUCACCCGGGGUGCAGCUGACCGUGGCCGUGCGCAACGUGCCAGACCUCAGCGUCGGCGUGAGCUGUACCUUUGAGGAGGUGGCGGAGAGUGAGGCCGUCCUGCUGCCCUCCGGGGAGUUGCAGUGCCCAUCGCCCUCCCUCCGGGAGCUACGGGCUCUCACCAGGGGGCACGGGGCCACGCGCACUGUGCGGCUGCAGCUGCUGUCCAAGGAGACUGGCGUGAAGUUUGCCGGGGUCGACUUCGUCUUCUACAACUGCAGCGUACUCCGGUCGUGCAUGUCCUGCGUCGGCAGCCCGUACCCCUGCCGCUGGUGUAAGUACCGCCACGUGUGCGCCAGCCACCCCCGAGAGUGCUCCUUCCAGGAGGGCAGGGUCCACGGCCCCGAGGGCUGCCCUGAGAUCCUGCCCGGCGGGGACCUCUUGAUCCCAGUCGGCGUCAUGCAGCCCCUGACCCUGCGGGCCAAGAACCUGCCGCAGCCGCAGUCGGGCCAGAAGAACUACGAGUGUGUGGUCCGCGUGCAGGGGCGGCAGCAACGGGUGCCGGCCGUGCGCUUCAAUAGCAGCAGCGUGCAGUGCCAGAACGCGUCGUACUCCUACGAAGGCGACGAGUACGGUGACACCGAGCUGGACUUCUCCGUGGUCUGGGAUGGCGAUUUCGCCAUCGACAAGCCCGCCACCUUCCGAGCUCUCCUGUACAAGUGCUGGGCACGGCGGCCCAGCUGCGGCCUCUGCCUCAAGGCUGACCCUCGCUUCAACUGCGGCUGGUGCGUCUCGGAGCACAGGUGCCAGCUGCGGGCCCACUGCCCGGCCCCCAAGACCAACUGGAUGCACCCGAGCCAGAAGGGCGCCCGCUGCAGCCACCCUCGCAUCGCCCAGAUCCACCCGCUCAUGGGGCCCAAGGAGGGAGGCACUCGGGUCACCAUCGUGGGUGAGAACCUGGGCCUCAGCUACCGGGACGUGGGCCUGCGGGUCGCAGGUGUGCGCUGCAACCCCAUCCCCUCCGAGUACGUCAGCGCCGAGAGGAUCGUGUGUGAGAUGGGGGAGUCGCUGGUGCCCAGCCCACCGCCGGGGCCCGCGGAGCUCUGUGUGGGCGACUGUUCUGCUGACUUCCGCACACAGUCCGAACAGCUCUACAGUUUUGUGACACCAGCGUUUGACCGCGUAAGUCCCGGUCGGGGCCCGGCUUCCGGGGGCACACGGCUCACCAUCUCCGGGAGCUCUCUGGAUGCCGGCAGCAGGGUCACAGUGACUGUGAGAGAUGGCGAGUGCCAGUUCGUGAGGAGAGACGCCGAGACAAUCGUGUGUAUCUCGCCCGUGUCCACCCUGGGCCCCAGCCAGGCCCCCAUCACCCUGGCCAUCGACCGUGCCAACAUUUCUAGUCCCGGCGUCUUCUACACCUACACCCAGGACCCUACGGUCACUCGCCUUGAGCCCACCUGGAGCAUCAUCAAUGGAAGCACUGCCAUCACUGUGAGUGGGACCCACCUACUGACCGUCCAGGAGCCCCGGGUCCGGGCCAAGUACCGAGGCAUCGAGACCACCAACACAUGCCAGGUGAUCAACGAUACCGCCAUGCUGUGUAAGGCCCCCGGCAUCUUCCUGGGACGGCCUCAGCCACAGGCCCAGGGUGAACACCCUGAUGAGUUUGGCUUCCUGCUGGAUCAUGUGCAGACGGCCCGCUCCCUCAACCGGUCCUCCUUCACCUACUACCCUGAUCCCAGCUUCGAGCCACUGGGACCCUCCGGUGUCCUGGAUGUCAAGCCUGGCUCCCACGUAGUGCUGAAGGGCAAGAAUCUGAUCCCCGCAGCAGCUGGCAGCUCCCGCCUCAACUACACGGUGCUGAUCGGGGGGCAGCCGUGUGCGCUCACUGUCUCCGACACACAGCUCCUGUGCGACUCACCUAGCCAGACGGGCCGGCAGCCUGUCAUGGUACUGGUAGGUGGCCUGGAGUUCUGGCUGGGUACCCUGCACAUCACGGCCGAGCGGGCGCUGACUCUGCCGGCCAUGGUGGGCCUGGCGGUGGGCGGCGGGCUCUUGCUGCUGGCCAUCACCGCUGUGCUGGUCGCCUAUAAGCGCAAGACUCAGGAUGCAGACCGCACGCUCAAGCGGCUUCAGCUACAGAUGGACAACUUGGAGUCCCGCGUGGCUCUGGAAUGCAAGGAAGCCUUUGCUGAGCUGCAGACGGAUAUCAAUGAGCUGACCAACCACAUGGACGGGGUGCAGAUCCCUUUCCUGGACUACCGGACCUAUGCCGUUCGCGUGCUCUUCCCGGGCAUUGAGGCCCAUCCGGUGCUCAAGGAGCUGGAUACUCCCCCCAACGUCGAGAAGGCCCUGCGCCUCUUUGGACAGCUGCUGCACAGCCGCGCCUUCGUGCUCACCUUCAUCCACACGCUGGAGGCCCAGAGCAGCUUUUCCAUGCGCGACCGUGGUACCGUGGCCUCGCUCACCAUGGUGGUCCUGCACAGCCGCCUCGAUUACGCCACGGGGCUGCUCAAGCAGCUGCUGGCGGACCUCAUAGAGAAGAACCUGGAGAGCAAGAACCACCCCAAGCUGCUUCUGCGCAGGACCGAGUCGGUGGCUGAGAAGAUGCUUACCAACUGGUUCACAUUCCUGCUGCACAAGUUUCUGAAGGAGUGUGCCGGGGAGCCGCUGUUUCUGCUCUACUGCGCCAUCAAGCAGCAGAUGGAGAAGGGCCCCAUCGAUGCCAUCACGGGCGAGGCCCGCUACUCCCUGAGCGAAGACAAGCUCAUCCGGCAGCAGAUCGACUACAAGACGCUGACCCUGCACUGCGUGUUCCCGGAGAGCGAGGGCAGCACUCAGGUCCCAGUGAAGGUUCUCAACUGCGACAGCGUCACCCAAGCCAAAGAUAAGCUGCUGGACGCUGUGUACAAGGGCGUCCCAUACUCGCAGCGCCCCAAAGCCGAAGACAUGGACCUAGAAUGGCGCCAGGGCCGUAUGGCCCGAAUCAUCCUCCAGGAUGAGGACGUCACCACGAAGAUUGAGUGUGACUGGAAGAGGGUCAACUCAUUGGCCCACUAUCAGGUGACAGAUGGCUCCUUGGUGGCACUGGUGCCCAAACAAGUGUGUGCCUAUAACAUGGCCAGCUCCUUUACCUUCACCCGCUCGCUCAGCCGCUACGAGAGCUUGCUGCGCACAGCCAGCAGCCCCGACAGCCUCCGUUCUCGGGCACCCAUGAUCACGCCUGACCAGGAGACUGGCACCAAGCUGUGGCACCUGGUGAAGAACCACGACCAUGCUGACCACCGCGAGGGGGACCGCGGCAGCAAGAUGGUCUCAGAGAUCUACCUGACUCGACUCCUGGCCACCAAGGGCACGCUGCAGAAGUUUGUGGAUGACCUCUUCGAGACCGUGUUCAGCACGGCUCACCGAGGUUCAGCCCUGCCCCUGGCCAUCAAGUACAUGUUCGACUUCCUGGAUGAGCAGGCCGACCGGCGCCAGAUCAGCGACCCUGACGUGCGCCACACCUGGAAGAGCAACUGCCUGCCCCUGCGCUUCUGGGUAAACGUGAUCAAGAACCCCCAGUUUGUGUUCGACAUCCACAAGAACAGCAUCACGGACGCCUGCCUGUCAGUGGUGGCCCAGACUUUCAUGGACUCCUGCUCCACAUCUGAACAUCGCCUGGGCAAGGACUCGCCGUCCAACAAGCUGCUCUAUGCCAAGGACAUCCCCAACUACAAGAGCUGGGUGGAGAGGUACUACCGGGACAUUGCAAAGAUGGCAUCCAUCAGCGACCAGGACAUGGACGCCUACCUGGUGGAGCAGUCCCGUCUGCAUGCCAGUGACUUCAACAUCUUAAGCGCGCUCAGUGAACUCUAUUUCUAUGUCACCAAGUACCGCCAGGAGGUGCGUGCCAGUCUCGCGGGCCCCCAGUCGUUAGGCCCUGAUGGUGCGGUCAGUGGCAAACACGGGGGGGGCCCUGUGAGGGUGAAGGGCACUAGAGGGUGGUGGAGGGGACAGAGGGGGCACGGACCCCAUCUCUUAGAUCGCUCGCAGCGCCUCCCCUAUUCAGCCCCCAGGCUAGCACAGGUGAUGCUUUGCAGAGAUGCUGGGAUUUGAGGGGGCUAGGAGAGAAGCCACUGGCCAGAGAACGAAAUUCUGCUCGGGCAAAAGUAAAGGUCCAGGGAAGGGGUGGGCUGACGGGCUAGGGUGGGGCCAGAAGGUAGGCAGGGCCAGCACCUUAUGCAGCCCAUGGGAUUGGUGACCCCACACUUCAGUAGACCGAGAACAUAGAGGUGUGGAUCUGAGAUCGUAUUAUUGCUGGAAGUAAGAACCCGUCAGCCAGGACAUGGCCCAGAAAGCUCUGAGCCUGGAUGAGCUCACCAAGGGCAGCCGAGAGCCAGUGUAGGGGUACAAGUGGCCCACGCACUGAGUCCUGGGGUCCUGGGACACUCAGAGGUGGCAGAGAAGACAGGGAGCCAGCAGUAGAGACUGAGGAGUGGAGGGAGGGACCCCAAGACUGCAGGGUGGCCUCCUGGAACAGGACACACACACACACACACACACACACACACACACACACCCCUGGGGCAGGAAGGGGGUGGUCAGGAGGGAGAAGAGUAUGAUUGGCUUCCUGGGGUGCUACUGAUGGUCAAGGGCAAUGAAGCCCUAGAAGGUUGCCGCAUUUGGCAAGGAGAUCCUGGAUACCAGCAAAGACAGGGUUGGAUGCAGGUCAGGAGGGGACGGGGAAGUUGG